AUGAGCAAACCGCCUCCAGCAGCACUUCAUACCCCCGGUUUUGCGCACUAUGGCAUCGCUUGGUCGCCCUUCCACAACGGCCGGAUUGCCAUCGCCUCCGCUGCAAACUAUGGACUCGUCGGGAACGGGAGGCUGCACCUGGCCUCCCUAGGACCGGGUCCUCCUGGGAUGCCCUCCAUCAACUUGGAUCAUCUUUAUGAGACGCAGGAUGGCCUGUAUGACGUCGCGUGGUCAGAGAUACAUGAGAACCAACUGGUGUCGGGGUCCGGAGACGGGUCAAUCAAGCUGUGGGAUGUCAUGGUCAAGGAUCUUCCCAUACACGCCUGGCAAGAACACACCCGCGAGGUCUUCUCGGUGGACUGGUCGAACAUUAACAAAGACCAGUUUAUCUCCUCCUCGUGGGAAGGCACUGUGAAGCUGUGGACACCCGAACGACCCCGUUCUCUCACCACGCUCCAAGCGCACACGUCCUGCGUCUAUCAAGCCCUCUUCUCCCCGCACCAGCCCGACGUGAUCGCGACGUGCUCGACCGACGGCACGGUCCGCAUCUUCGACCUCCGCGCACCCGCGUACGCGCCCGCCGCCCCAGGCGCGAACGCGUUCUCCGCGCCCCUGACCGCCGCGGCGCUGACCGUGCCCGCGUCCGGCGGGGAGGUGCUCUCGCUCGACUGGAACAAGUACCGACCCUUCGUGCUAGCGAGCGCCGGCGUCGACAAGGCCGUUAAGACCUGGGACUGCCGUAUGGUGAGGCUCGGGCCUGGCUCGGGGGACCCAGGCGCAGGGCAGCCCGCGGUCGGCGGCGUGUGCGAGACGCACCUCGCGGGACACGAGUAUGCGGUUCGGAAGGUGCAGUGGAGCCCGCACCGCGCAGACGUGCUCGCGAGCGCGGGCUACGACAUGACCUGCAGAGUAUGGACGACGACACCGCCACCCGGGGGCUCUCAUCUGCUUGCGAUCCACGACGCGCACACAGAGUUCGUGGUCGGGUGUGCGUGGUCGUUGUAUGAAGAAGGGCUGUUGGCUACCUGUAGUUGGGAUUGCAGACUGAACGUGUUCCGAGUAUAG